AAGGUUCCUCACACACACACACACACACAAACACACACACAUACACAGAAACGGAUUAAGCACAGCUUUAACUACAGUUAAAAGCUCUCAUUUGGAUUACCAGUGUUUCAAUUGCAGCAUGUGCAAAAGUCAAAAGUGAAGUGUCAAAAAGAAGAAUAAGAAAACGAGGAAAAGCUCUGAAAAUGAAAUGCUAAAGUGAAAAGCAAAGCGAUAAAAAUAUCUAUAAUUAAUUAAUUAUUGUUAGAAAUUAAAAAGGCUAACCGGCAACAACAAAAAUGACGAUGGCUGCAUGUUAUGCCAAUUAUGACAUGUCCACCAUGUCUUCGCUCUCGCUCUCGCACAGCAUGCAACAGCAGCAGCAGCAACAACAACAGUUGCAGCAGCAGCAACAACAGCAGCAGCAGCAACAACAGCAGCAGCAGCAACACAUGUAUCAUGCUGCUGUUGCGGCACAACAGCAACAAUUGCUACAACGCCAUCAACAACAACAACAGCAGCAACAACAAAUACCCGCCAACAAUAAUAAAAUUGCAGCCAGCAAUCACCGACAGAGCAGUGUUGCCAGUCGCAAUGCAAGCAGCGCUGCCAACAGCAGCAGCAGCAACAACAACAGCAUUGCCAACAACAAUAACAGCAACAAUAACAGUUCUGUUAGCAGCAAUAACAGCUCUGCAAGCAACAACAACAACAGCAACAGCAUUGCCAACAGCAACAAGGACUACAGCAUUCCAUUGCACGUCGACUGCAGCGUGGAAUACGAGCUGCCCAACCAGCCAAAGCCGCCCGCCGGGCAGCGAGUGGAGCCGCUGCUGAUGAUUCACCCCUGUUAUUUUCGCAAAAUGGAGUCGCAGCGACGCAGUCCGUUUGUCAACAAUAUGCAGGCGACGGCGGCGACAAAUGUGCAGCGCAGCAGCAGCGGCGUGAGCAGCGCGACAGCAGCAGCAGCAGCGGCGGCAGCAGCAGCAGCAACUGUUGUGGCAGCCACAACAAAUGCCAAUGUAGCCAGCAAUGCGAGCAGCAGCAACAGCAGCGCAGCAGCAGCAGCAGUUGCAGCAGCAGCAGCGCGACGCAAAACACAACAACAACUGCAACAACACCAGCAACAGCAGCAGCGACAGGCAGCGGCGUAUCAGCAGCAGCUGCGUCAGCAGCAGCAGCAGCAGCAAAUGUCACAAAUGUCGCAGCAGGCGUUGUAUCCAGUGCAACAACAACAACAGCAACAGUUGCAGCAACAACAGCAACGCCAGCAGCAGCAGCAACAACAACAACAGCAUCGCAACAACCAAAGUCGUCAAAGCCAAAGUCAUGCAGCAGCAGCAGCAGCGACGUCGACGUCGGAAUGGGAACAGCUGCAACAACAACAGCAACAACACCUGCAACACCAACAACACCAACAUCAGCAACACCAACAACACCAGCAGCAACACCAUCAACAACACUUGCAACAUGCCGCCUCACUUUACACAGCCAAAAGCAGCAGCAGCAACAACAACAAUAACAACAACAUUUCUGCCUCUGCCUCUGCCAGCUACGUGAGCAGCGCUGCUGCGUUGGCGCCCUGGAAUGCAGCGGCGCAACAGUCGGCGGCCGCAGCGGCAGCGACGGCGGCAGCGCUGCUCAUCGAUCGUUCACCAAUGGCAACAGUUCCUAGCAAUUAUCAGGCCGGUCCUGAGGCCACAACAACAACAGCAACAAUUGCUGCCGCUGCUGCUGCUGCUGCUGCAACAACAACAAAUGGCGGCGGCGGCAGCGACAAGUUGAGCGGCAAAUAUCGGCAAUAUUUGCGAACGCAGCAGCAGCAGCAGCGCAUGCAUCCCUAUGCAGCAGCAGCAGCAGCGGCCGCAGCAGCAGCAGCAGCAUCCCUCGCUGCGAAUUUAACGCCAGCAGCGGCGGCUUUUGUUCCUUAUGGAGCGACGGCGGCUGCGACGUCGGUGACGGGGGCAGCGGCAGCGCCAACAUUCCAGCAAAUUUCCUGCUACAAUGUGUGAUCCAACAACAACAACAACAGCAACCACAACAACAAGAAUAACAACAGCAAAAGGCAACAGCAAACUGAGAGCAGCAGCAAACAACAACAACAAAAACUGAGACAGACGCUUACCAAGUAAACGUCAAUGAAAACAACCAACAACAACUGCAAAAAGAAAAGCUUUUUCCUUUUUUUAGUAAACAAAAAAAAAAAAAACAAAAUUGUUAAAUGUUCUGUUAUAGUUUUCAUAUUUUAGUUUUCAAAGCGCUUGCAAAAUGAAAAACAAAACGUGCAUUUUUUUUUGUAUGACAAAAAAUAGCGCAAAAGAAAGUAAGAAAUGUUAAGAAGAAGAAAAGCUCCUUUUUGUGUGCAGUGCUUAAAAGCUAAAACUAACGGCACGCUUCCAAUCGAAGCCUAUUUGUAAUUAAGAUCGAAAAAUCAAAACGAAUAGCAAAGAAAAAGAAGAAAAAUACAACACACAAAAUUGCAAAUUGUGAUAAACUCGAAAAUAAUUUGUUAACAAAAAAA